CAACACAACCCCAAGCUCCACCUUUUUCAGACCCAUUCAGCCCACACUCCACAGCCCAGAGCAGAGGCAAGUCUCACAAGAAGCCUCAUUUCCUGCAGCUGCAGUGGCGAUCUCUCUCUAUCUCUCUCUUCGUCUCGCUAUUCUCUCUCAAAACACAAAAUGGGGAGAGCGCCGUGCUGUGAGAAGGUGGGUCUGAAGAAGGGGAGGUGGGCGAAGGAGGAGGACGAGAUCCUGGCGAGGUACAUCAAAGAGCAUGGGGAAGGCUCAUGGAGAUCACUGCCCAAGAAUGCUGGGUUGCUGCGGUGUGGGAAGAGCUGCAGGCUGCGAUGGAUCAACUACCUGAGGGCGGAUCUCAAGAGGGGGAACAUCUCGGAGGAGGAGGAGGAGAUGAUCAUCAAGCUCCAUGCCACGCUUGGCAACAGGUGGUCCCUCAUCGCCGGUCACUUGCCGGGCCGGACGGACAACGAGAUCAAGAACUACUGGAACUCGCACCUCAGCAGGAGGGCGAGCGACUUCCGCGACGGCGUCGUCGUCAACGUCGACCUCAGCAAGCUGCCCGGCGGCGGCAAGCGGCGCGGCGGCCGGGCGGGCCGUAGGGCGGCGGCCAAGGGAGGGAAGGAGAAAGAAAAGGCCGCAGGAGCGGAUGAGCAGCAGCGCAUGGAGAAGGGUCAGGAGGCGGCCAUGAACGUCGUCUCAAGGCCGAGCUCCCAGGCCUGCACUGCCCAGAGUGAAGAGCAAGCACAAGCCAGUGCCAGUGGUGUGACGUCUGAUGGGCUCGAGGAGGGCCCACUGGACCUGAGUGAAGAGAUGGUGAGUGCGCUUCUAGGCCCGGGAAGCCCAAAGAUGGAGGUGGGCCCAUACGGGCCAUGCAUGGGCAGUGAGACUGGGCCUGGUGGGGAUGGGGUCCAAGAACUGGGUGGCAGGGCCAUGGACUGGGACCUGAUGGGGCUGGACAUCUCAGUCAGCGAUGACAUGUGGGACUCGCUGACGUGGGACAUCGAUGACAUGGUGGUCCCGGAUGAAGUGCAGCAGGAAGAGGUGAUGUCAGACCUCUUCUUCCUGGACAAUAUGUAGGAGGUGACUCUGUGUUAUCUUUAGCCUGGCGUUUGUGAUGCUUUUUAACUUUUGAUGCAGUAGAGUUGGAUGUGUUUGGUGAUGAGUGAGAUAGGAGAGUGCCUCAGUGACUUUUUUGUCUGUUGGUCUGGCCUGAUGAAUGGUGAAAAUGCAGGAAAAUGUGAAAAAAAACACGUGGUGGAAUUGCUCCUUAUGUUGAGCAUUCACAUACA